GCCUCAGCUCCUCGCCGCGCCGCAACAUCAGUGUUGGUCGAGCUCAGGUGGGGAGUACAUCGCUGCGCUGUUCAAUCUGGAUACAGUGUUGACGUCCCUGGUGACGCACCAUGCAAGACACAAACCACUUCCUGAAGGCAGCACUGCAGGUGGGGCCAUGGCGGGUGACUCGCCGGGUGCUGCUCUUCGUGGUGGUGUUCUGCCUAGUCAUCAUCGUGUUCGGCAGCCUCAUCCUCAAGACACACGCGUUUGAUGGCCGCGAGGAGGACGAGGAUUGGGACGACGAUGAUGACGAUGAUGACGACGAGAGGCCCAUAAGCAGCGGCGACUCCCUCAUGCUGGUUCUGAUGGGGCUCGCGGGCAUGGCGGGGCUGGCGGCGUGCGCGGGCUGCCUGCUGGCUACACCCAACUCUCCUCGUCCCCUUGGGGAAAGCGGAUCAGUCUUCACCCUGAGCGGCGUCAACACCCACCAGCCGGUUACCCCGAGACCCUCAGCCCCAGAAUCCGUGCCCAACCAGCCUGAGAACAACGGCACUGUGCCACCACCCAGCUCCACCGUCCUUCCCACUCCUACCAAAGUCAUCCCUCAAGGUAACGGGUAUUCUCACAGUCCCAUCUUCCCGAGAAACCCAAAUUACCCUGCAGAGCCGCCUCCAAGUUAUUCUGCGCCCAGCUACCCUGCAGGAGGUCAGCCCGGCAGGCGUCUGGCGAGAACAAUGCCUCCCAAUGUGACACGGGCGGUGUCAUCUCCGCCCACACUGCACACAGUGGCUGACCUCCCGCCUCCCUACGCGCCAGGCCACAGCCAGUCCUUGCGGCAGUAGAGGGAUCGCUGCCGUCUCCAAGUGCAGAACUCUCACAAUGUACAAAGCCCCGAAGCAACGCGGACGGCUGAGCGCUAUGACCAUUAUCAGCACUUGGGGCAGUGAUCCAAGUGUCGGCUGUGUUGUGCUGCGUGGAGCCUAAGUGUACGUGUGUGUAUGUGUGAGAAGAUGUGGCGUGUUGUGUGCAACUUGUGACAUAGGCUCUGUGUGUGUGUGUGUGUGUUUGUGUGUGUGUGGUAUGGUGUGAGGCCAACGGUGUGUUGAGGCGCGUCAGAAGAGGAUCCCUCAGCUCAUAAACACUCGCGGUGCUCCAGUGAUGCCAACGAUACAUUCCCUCUCAUGAUGAGCAAGCAUGAUGAAAAAAGCCCCUCAUGAUGAUGUUUAUGAUGGUUUCAUAAUUAAAUUGCUUCACUGUGAUAAUACAUAUUUUGUAAAAAUAAGGUUAAUAUUUUUUUUUGCAUUCCUUAGGUUAUGGUAUGUACUAUUAUUCCAACUAUUACUACUCCCACUGUUAUUUCUGCACGUGAAGCUAAUAAGGAAAAAAAAGUGUAAAUAUAUAAAUAAACAUAUUGGAAUAACGUACCCGGUAAUUUAGAGUAGUGGCGAGUGCUAGUAACCAAAGUGGUGACCUCAAGACUUGUUAGGGCAGUACAUGGCAGCGUCUCACCACCACACCCCAUCUCACCCACCUCCCCGAGACCCGAGGCACCAGGAAGACUUGUGGACUCCUGUGUACUCUGCUAAUCCUUCCUCCUUCGCCUUUCCUCCUCCGAUUCCUCUCCCUCUCACCAGUUUCCUCCUGUCAUUUACCAUCCUCCUUCUCCCGCUCUCUCUGAUUCUGAUUCUCUCUUUCUUUCUAUAUAAAUUGUUAUUCCAUACCCAUUGUUCUUUCCUUCUCCGCCCCUUAUUUUUUUUCCUCCUUUUUCUCCUCUCUCCUAUUUAUGAUUAUCCUUCUAAUCCUCUAUUUCCUCUAAUUUUCCUUCCUCUCUUCUCUUACCCCAAACAUCCUAUCUCCUAUUGUCCUGCUUUACUUUAUAUUCUUAUCAUAUUCUUAUCACAUGAUAUUUCCAGUACGUUCUUUUAAUCCCCUUUCGUAUCUCUUCUCUUCCGAUAUUUGCUAUACCUCAUUUCUCUCUCUCUUUCCCUAUUUCUUAGUUUCUUCAGUUUUAGUCUCAUAUUCCUUUCCUUCUUCAAAUUAUCUCCUCCUCCUCCUCCUCCUUCUCCUUCUCCUUCUCUUGGCUUACUUUCCUUUUUUUUUUAUCUGUGUUUCCUUUUAAAGUUUUCUUACCGUUACUCUAAUCUUUGCUACUACCUCCUCCCACCCCAAUCUCUCCUUCAUUUCACUCCCUUCCUCUCCAGUUUUAUGCUCGUUCCUUCCCUCUUCCAAAUGCCUCCUACCACUUGCCUGUCUCUGGGGAAGGUAACCAGCUGACCCUCUAUAAAUAAGAAAAUAAUAGUAAUAAAUAAAUAAAGUAUUAUUCUUGUAGACAUAUUACGUUUAGAGGUCACUUUUCAUACUGGAUCUUGCCUAUCUCGCAGACACACUAACCACUCUAGGAAAGUACUGACACACACACACACACACACACACACACACACACACACACACACACACACACACACACACACACACACACACACACACACACACACACACACACACACACACACACACGUACGCCAGUGUAAGCACAAUGGCACAACAAAAGAAACAGUACAAUAUUAUAGAUUUAGUGAACCACAACUGUACUUAUGUAGCGAUAGGCGUCUGUACUAUACAUAUACUACCAGGAGGAGGAGGAGGAGGAGGAGAAGGAGUCGCGGUUGUGAGCUAGGACGGAGGAGUAAAGUGAUGCAAAUAUAUUUUUUACCGUUGAAAAAUAUGA